AUGGUGCCAAGCUCAGACUACUGGGACUCGUGGGGCCCGUACGGUCAGUGCAGUCGCAGCUGUGGCGGCGGAGUGACCAUGAGGAGCAGACGCUGUAUCACACACAGGACAGAUGGAGGACACAACUGUGUGGGACCAGACAAGUCCUACCGCUCCUGUAACAUCCAGGACUGUCCGGAAGGAUCCAGGGAUUUCCGGGAGGAGCAGUGCGCUCAGUUCGACGGGACCGACUUCCAGGGCAAACGCUACAAGUGGCUUCCGUAUUACGGAGCUGAGAACCCCUGUGAGCUCAACUGCAUGCCGAGAGGGGAGAGCUUUUACUACCGGCACCGCAGCGCUGUGGUCGAUGGUACGCCCUGUCACCCGGGACGGAGGGAUAUUUGCGUGGAUGGAGUUUGCAAGCGACUGGGCUGUGACAACAUGCUGGAGUCUCCUCAGCAUGAGGACCCCUGCCUGCAGUGCGGGGGCAACGGCCAGUCCUGCUACCUCGUCAAGAACAGCUUCACCGUGCGCAGCCUGCCAACCGGCUACAACCAGAUGUUCAUCAUCCCUGUUGGAGCCACCACCAUCAGCAUCAGAGAGACGGUUCCCACACGCAACUACCUUGCGGUCAAGAACCUGCGCGGAGAGUACUAUCUCAAUGGCCAUUGGGUAAUUGAGUUUUCAAGGGCGACACCCAUUGGUGGCACCAUGCUCUACUACCAGCGAGGCGCUGAGGGGGAAAACAUCCCAGAGACCAUCAUUGGCCGCGGUCCCACCACUGAGCCACUUGUUGUUGAGCUGAUCAGCCAAGAGCCUAACCAGGGAGUGGAGUAUGAAUACUACCUUCCUAACGGACGCUCCAGAGAGGGCUACUACUGGAGCUACGGGUCGUGGUCCGCUUGCAGCACAGAAUGCGGAUCAGGCUACCAGUCUCGCUUGGUGUUCUGCACCAUUGACAACGAGGCCUAUCCCGACUACCUCUGCUCGUCCCUGCCGAGGCCACAGUCCAACCGCACGUGCAACCCCCACCCAUGCCCACAAAUCCACAGCUGGAAAACCGGGGAGUGGAAUACCUGCUCGGUCACCUGUGGCGGAGGCUCUCAGGUGCGCAACGUGCAGUGCGUUUCCCAUGAUGCCUCGGGCUCGCGCGUGGUGGAGGACGCCGUUUGCGCGGCGUACUCCCAGGCCCCGCCCUCUCUGCAGACCUGCAACAUGCACAAGUGCGCCGAGUACCGUGCGACUGGGUGGAGCGCGUGCUCGGCCACCUGCGGUUUGGGUGAGCAGACCAGAGAGGUGACCUGUGUGGGAACGGGCGGCAUGAUGCUGGAGGAAUCAUCCUGCAGCACCCUGCUGCGCCCGUCCGUGGUCCAGCCCUGCGAGAUGCCCGCCUGCCCCAGACAGAUCCGCUGGCACAUGGGCGAGUGGGGCCUGUGCUCCAAGAGCUGUGGCUCCGGCACGCGGGAGCGCCAGGUGAUCUGCUCGGAUCGGGAGAGGAACCUGUACCCUGUGAGCCGGUGCAACACGCACCCCAAACCCUCCACAGUGGAGCGCUGCAACACCCAGCCCUGCAACAGUCCACAGGUUGUCCCCAGCGUUCAAGACCCACGAGGACAUGACAACACUCAGACCGGCUUUCUGCCUUAUGUGCCAGAUCACGCAACAGUCCGCAGGCCAGAAAUAAGAGUCCCGACUCAGACCAACACAGUCCACGACCCACACGUCUCCGCCCCGGCGCUCCACUGUAGCCAGUCUUAUUAUGGCUGCUGCCCAGAUGGACGCACUACAUCCCAGGGCCCCCGCGGUCUGGGCUGCCCGCAGGAUCCAGCUCCCACUCCUGCGCAGUCGUCCUGCCUUCAGACCAGUUAUGGCUGCUGCAGUGAUGGUGUGACGGCUGCUCACGGUGUCAACAAAGAGGGCUGUGCUGAGUACGUGGCCCCUGAACCCACGGUAUCUCCACUUCCAACUGAGAACGCCGUGCAGUGCCGCACCACUACCUACGGGUGCUGCUACGACCGGACCACGCCUGCAGGAGGACCCAAUGGAGAGGGCUGCCCCAACCCUCCCAACCACAUCGAGCGCUCGAUCUGCUCCCUGCCCCGGGCGGCCGGCUCCUGCAGCAGCUGGAUAUCCCGCUACCACUUCGACGUCGUGGCCUCCAAGUGCAGGCAAUUUUGGUACGGGAGCUGCCACGGCAACAGCAACAACUUCAUGACACUGGCGGAGUGCCAGCGGGCGUGCCGGGUGCCUGCGCCCGACCGGCAGCGGCCCCAGCAGGGGGCUCCCACCAGAGAAUCCCCCCCAAGGAGGGCCUCGUCCGGGGGAGAAUCCAGGGCCGGCUCACACAACAUGGGGAGGGUUUUCACGGUGCAGGGCGGCUCGCCCGGCGGCGCCGCCGGCAGACAGGGCACCAGCGCGGCCACCAACGCCCACAGAGGCCGGGUGUACCUGCGGGGACGCCUGCCCCCCUCCGCCGCCGCCCAGCACACCGGGCCGGCCGCCAGCCUGACCCUGGGAGGGGUUUCCAUCGAUAAAAGCGACCCGGACAGAGUGGAGGCUUUGGUCGGCCAGAGGGUCGUGCUGCCCUGCAGGGUCAGCCCCCCACCCUCGUCCACCGUCAUAGUGGAGUGGAGAAGAGAUGGCGUUGCUCUGUCACCCCAGAGGCAUCACCAGCAGCCCAAUGGCUCCCUGUUAGUCGGCCCCCUUAAUAAGUCGGACUCCGGCUGGUUCUUGUGCCUGGCCACUCGAGAUCGAGAGCGAGAUCAUCGUUACAUUUACCUCUCCGUCUCGGAGGGACCAUCUAACCCAAUUCCUACCACUCUGCCCAAAGAUGGACCGUUCCAAAGGUUUAGCAUCGAACGCUCAGGCUCAUCCGUGAUGGAAAUGCGAUCGGGACAAACUGCCAGGCUGCCUUGCACCAUCGUCCCCCCCUCAGCUCUGCCCUCUGUCAGCAUUCAGUGGACUAAAGACGGGCAGCCCCUCAGUGACUCAAGGGUUACGCACCAUUCAGAUGGCACCCUGAUCAUCGGCCCACUGCGGUCAGAUGACACCGGUGUCUACACGUGCACAGUUUCCAGUCAGCAACAGGUCGAGCAGAGACAGCUACAACUCAGAGUCCAAGCGGACCUGCAGAUUACUACGGCUCCUAACAACAUCCAGGUGUCAGAGGGAAGCACAGCUCUGCUGCCCUGUGUGGUGUCGGGAGACAACGUCAACAUCGGCUGGUCCAGGAACGGCGUACCGGUGCGUCCAGACGGACGCGACGUCGUCAUGUCAUCCGAUGGCAGCUUGAUCAUAAACAAUGUGAAGACCUCCGAUGAGGGCACCUACACCUGUAACGCUUACACAGGCAUCUACUCGGUGAGCGCCACGGCCGAGGUGAAGGUCAUCACCGACACACAAACAGGUGUGGAUGUGCUGCCAGAUUGUGUGGACCAGCCCGAGCUUGCAAACUGCAAGCUAAUAGUCUACGCCCGACUUUGCUCCAACCAGUACUAUUCCAGUUUCUGCUGCGCCAGCUGCGCCACUUAUUCACAGAAGAACGACAAGCUGAGAUGGCUGGGCUGAGGCCCGGGAGGGAGGAACGGCUUUGGAGGACGGCCCGUGGAGGGGUGAGAGCGU